GGCACCGGCACCUCGGGGAGCGGCACCGGCACCUCGGGGAGCGGCGCGGGCGGAGCGACACAGGACCGGCCGGACUGCCCUGCCGGGGCUAGACUGUACUGGAUCGGCUGGAUCACGGAGAUUGUGUGUGAUGCUGUCCUAGUCACUAGAGAGGAGCUCUUCACAAGUGGCCUUGAGCCAUGUGCUCAUUCACUGAUGUCCAGCUUGCUCCUUCACGAUCUUGCUCAGCAAAGUGCUCGAGGCGGCAGUGACUGAAGUCAGAAGGAGCUGACUUCUGAGGAUUCCAGGCAGGAUGAAGGACCGUUUAAGUGAGCUGCGCGAAUUUGCCAGAUUACACAACCAACAGUUUUCUGAUAGUGAUGAUGAUGAAAAUUCACCCCAGGAUAUUCUCCUUUAUGAGACAGAUUAUGCUUUGGAAAUCCUUCAUAAGGACAUACAGAGCAUCCGGACAGAAAAUGACCACCUAAAAGCAGAUGUCAACCGUCUCAGAAAGCAAAACACCCGCUUCCUCACUUCCAUGCGCCGUCUUAGUAGCAUCAAACGGGAUACUAAUUGUAUCGCCAGAGACAUUAAGAGCCGUGGAGAAAGCAUCCACAGGAAACUGCAGGUAAUGAGAGAUUUCUGUGAAGAUGCAAUAACAAAAUACGGACCUAUGUCUGUCAUUGCCAGGGUGGCAAAGAACCACUACGUUGACCUCAUGCACACAUUUCAGGACGCUAUGUUUGAUUACAAUGCAACAGAGAUGAACCAGCGGGAGAACUGCAAGAUUCGAAUUCAGCGGCAGCUGGAGAUCAUGGGCAAAGACGUUUCUGGUCACCAGAUUGAGGAGAUGAUUGAGCAAGGCAAAUGGGAUGUCUUCUCUGAGAAUCUCUUGUCGGAUGUUAAGGGAGCUCGCGCAGCCUUGAAUGAGAUAGAGACGCGGCACAAGGAGCUGGUGAAGCUAGAAGGUCGCAUUAAGGAAGUUCACGAGCUCUUUCUACAGGUGGCCCUGCUGGUGGAGGAGCAGGCGGACACUUUUGAUGUUAUUGAGAUAAAUAUGCAAAAUGUUGAGGACUAUGUAGGAGAUGCUAAAGACCAAGUGAAAAAAGCUUUAGAAUACAGGAGAAAACAUCCCCUCAGGACAAUCCUCUGCUGUUGCUUAUCAUGUUGCAGAAGGUGAUGGUCCCACUGAAGCUAUCACAGACUGACUUGAAUGUCUUCAAAAUCAGGUCUUCUUUCCAGAGACUCUUCUCUAAUGACAAGCCCUAGAAAUAGGGGGGAUAUUUUGCAGUUGGUUUUGUUCAUUCCUGUUUACGAAAUGUGCUGAAGGCUGUUUGUAUUUAUGAACUCCUAAAAAUGUUGAUAGAACUAUUUUUAAUGUAAUUUUUAUUGAAAGGUCCUGUUACUGCAACUAGAGGUGCAAUAUCUCUACAGUGAAACUCGUUUCAUGUAGGCAAGAAAGAAGAAUGACGAACUUAUCCUAGGGAAGAGGAAUACUUUUAAGAAGUAACUUUAUUCUUAUUUGUCAAAGCGAGGCUGCAGGCAGUGAAGCCUUAUUGCCUGGGGUAACACAGUACACCAGAGAAUCAGGAGGUUUCAGUUUUAACCAAUUUGGAGCCUGCUUGAUACAAAUUUGACAAAAUACUGAGCCUGGAGCAGGAGCAGGACACAGAACUGGCUUCUCUUUCAACUUGAUUUUCAGCUGUCUGGAAUCUUAACAGAAGUGGCUGUACCUUAAAUGAUAAUAUGCAGAUUUUGCUCUAUUUGUGUGCAAGUGAUUGCUUUUUUCCAUUUUGAGUACCCAGCUAUCUCAAGGUGGCUAAAAGCACUGCAACACUGAGGCAUCUCACUUUUAACUUGAGCCACUCUCUGAACUCUCACUUUCAAACCUGCCAUGCUUUCAUGUUCUGAUGCAUUUUUCUGCCACUUAACACUUCAGCCAGAGGAGAAACAUGGAGCGGCCUUCUGCAGAAACAUAUAAGAAGACAACAGCUGUGGGGUUGAGGAAACAUUUUGAAGUCUCCUGUACUGGCACAUACAUAGAAACAGUUUUAGUGGAAUGACUGGCCUGUCAGUACACUUUUAUUUUUUAUAAGCAUUGACCAAAUAUGGAUUUUUUAAUAUCUAUUUUAAAUAAGAUGAAGGAUUUUUUUUUUAAUAU